AUAGGGGCGGGGCUUGAGGGACCCGGCUGGAACGACACUGGUGCUGCUUUUCUUGCCGCUGCUUGUCAUUCUCUGCUGGGGGGCUCUGGGUGCUUUGGACGCGUCCAGGAAAAUGGCGGGAACCGGGCUGGGCUCGCCGGGGCUGGAUUUGGAGAAGCUGCGGAUGGCCGGCGCUGGCCUUGCUUUGGCUGUCCUUACCAGCGGCGGCGAUGCGCAAGGUAUGAAUGCUGCUGUUCGAGCUGUGACUCGCAUGGGGAUAUAUGUCGGAGCUAGAGUGUUCCUGAUCUAUGAGGGUUAUGAGGGACUGGUGGAAGGAGGCGAUAAUAUCAAGCAGGCAAACUGGCUGAGUGUAUCCAACAUCAUUCAGUUGGGUGGCACCAUCAUUGGUAGUGCUCGCUGCAAAGCUUUCACCACCUGGGAGGGUCGCCUCCAAGCUGCCUACAACCUGGUACAGCAUGGCAUCACCAACUUGUGUGUCAUUGGAGGGGAUGGGAGCCUGACGGGGGCAAAUAUCUUCCGAACAGAGUGGGGUGGACUUCUGGAGGAACUGGUCAAAGAAGGGAAGAUCACAGAGGAGGUGUCUCAGACAUACAGUCAUUUAAACAUUGUAGGCUUGGUGGGUUCCAUCGACAAUGACUUCUGUGGCACAGAUAUGACCAUUGGCACUGACUCUGCCCUACACCGUAUUAUGGAGGUGAUUGAUGCAAUCACCACUACUGCCCAGAGUCAUCAAAGGACGUUUGUUCUGGAAGUGAUGGGCAGACAUUGUGGAUACCUUGCAUUAGUUUCAGCUUUGGCUUCUGGUGCUGACUGGCUUUUCAUCCCUGAGUCACCUCCUGAGGAUGGUUGGGAGGAUUUUAUGUGUGAGAGGCUUGGUGAGACACGAAGCAGAGGCUCCCGACUGAAUAUUAUCAUCAUUGCUGAAGGUGCCAUUGACAGGAAUGGGAAACCCAUCACUUCUAACUAUGUGAAAGAUCUGGUUGUGAAGCGCCUUGGAUUUGACACCCGUGUGACUGUGCUUGGCCAUGUGCAGCGUGGUGGGACCCCCUCAGCAUUUGAUCGUGUCUUGAGCAGCAAAAUGGGCAUGGAAGCUGUGAUGGCUUUACUGGAAGCAACACCAGACACUCCAGCCUGUGUGGUGAGCCUCUCUGGGAACCAGUCUGUGCGCCUACCCCUAAUGGAAUGUGUGCAAGUGACCAAAGAUGUCCAGAAAGCAAUGGAUGAGAAAAGAUUUGAUGAAGCAAUUCAGCUCAGAGGGAGGAGCUUUGAAAACAACUGGAACAUUUACAAGCUACUUGCACACCAGAAACCAGCACAUGAAAAGAGCAAUUUCAGCAUUGCAAUUCUCAAUGUGGGAGCCCCUGCAGCAGGCAUGAAUGCAGCAGUCCGGUCAGCUGUGAGGAUUGGGAUUUGCCAAGGACACACAAUGUAUGCAGUGAAUGAUGGUUUUGAAGGCUUGAGCAAAGGGCAGAUUCGAGAGGUGGGGUGGCAUGAUGUUGCAGGAUGGCUGGGCCGUGGAGGAUCCAUGCUGGGGACCAAGCGAACUCUUCCAAAGACGUGCAUGGAAAAGAUUGUUGAAAAUGUUCGGAAAUUUAACAUCCAGGCACUGAUGGUUAUUGGAGGAUUUGAGGCUUAUGAGGGAGUGCUACAGUUGGUGGAAGCACGUGGACAGUAUGAUGAACUUUGUAUCAUCAUGUGUGUGAUACCAGCUACCAUCAGUAAUAAUGUUCCUGGCACUGAUUUCAGUCUGGGAUCUGAUACAGCUGUCAAUGCUGCCAUGGAGAGCUGUGACCGCAUCAAGCAAUCUGCUUCUGGCACAAAACGGCGUGUGUUCAUUGUGGAAACAAUGGGGGGCUAUUGUGGCUACUUGUCAACUGUGACUGGCAUUGCAGUGGGAGCGGAUGCUGCCUAUGUCUAUGAAGAGCCUUUCACUAUUCAUGACUUAAAGGCAAAUGUUGAACAUUUGACUGACAAAAUGAAAACAGACAUUCAGAGAGGUCUGGUAUUGCGCAAUGAGAAGUGCCACGAGCACUAUACCACUGAGUUCCUCUACAACUUAUACUCCUCAGAGGGGAAAGGCAUAUUUGAUUGCAGGAUCAACGUUCUAGGCCAUCUCCAGCAGGGAGGUGCUCCAACUCCUUUUGACCGCAACUAUGGCACCAAGCUGGGUGUGAAGGCUGUACUGUGGAUGUCAGAGCAGCUGAAGGAAGCUUAUCGCAAAGGCCGUGUAUUUGCCAAUUCUGCAGAAUCUGCCUGUGUUAUAGGCCUGAGGAGAAAGACUGUGUCCUUUAGUCCUGUGACUGAGCUGAAGAAAGUCACAGACUUUGAGCAUAGGCUCCCCCAGGAACAAUGGUGGCUAAACCUGCGUCUUAUGCUGAAGAUGUUGGCUCACUACCAGAUUAGUCUGACAGAAUAUGUGUCUGGGAAGAUAGAGCAUGUCACCCGGCGCACUCUUAGUAUCGAGAAGGGAUUCUAAUUACACUCUUUCCCUUCUCUUCACCUCUAGCCACCUCUAUGUAGUCCCCUCCCUCUCUGGCCUUCUCAUGACUUUUUGAGUACAGUGCUGGUGCCAUUAUGAGCCUACAGGAAUGUGGCUAGGGGACAUCCUGGCUGUUGUUGCAGAAACACUCCAUACCCACAUCAGGAGCUUAUAUUCCUCCUUGAUGAGAUUUUUGUGUGUGGUAGAGGAAAGCAGGUGUAAGCUCACCCUCUGGAGUCUAUUUGCGCCAAGUAACAGAGGGUGAAAUGCUGAUUUAUGAAAUCAUACACCACCUUGUCAAGCAGAAUCUCAUUCUGUUUCACAGGCUAAUCUUUUAUUCUUGAUACUAAAAGAAUCAUGUACUGAUUGUCAUGUGGACAAUGGGAUGUCUUUCAGUUCUUUCUGGCCAGGUGCCAAGGAGAAUGCAAGAUUCCAGAAAGGCAUUUCCCUUCAUUUGGAAGUUAUGGAAUAUAGUACUCCCCAAACAGUGGCAAUCUGUAAGAAAUCUGAUCUAGGACCUGAGAAUUUCUGUUGCUGUCAUUACAAUACACAGCAAAGAUUCAGGUACAUUAUGUUUGCAAAAUUUAGGCUUCACUGUGAAUGGAUCAGCAAGCAGUAGGAAAACAAUGUGCUGUGACUUUACAUGGAGAGCCUUCUUUUCCAUGCUGUCUGCCUGAUGUGUCUAAUUCAUUAUACCUGGCUACAGUUGUCAUAGUGGCACCAGCUCUGUGGCUAUACUGUAUUGUGCUCUUCCUGAUGCACUUCUGUGAAACUGGUGUCUUGUAUUGCCUGUACGUGUCUCUGGCACAGCUUUGUGUCUUCUAGAGAUAUUUAAAAAAUCACUGAAUUAAACCUGUGUGUUGCAUUUUA